AUGGAGCCCGAAACCGGGUCGCCGCCAGUCGUCAGCAUCAUCGAGCAGUUCUUGAGGAGUUACGGCUACGACGCCGCGGACGACGGCGCAUGGAGAGCCCCGCCAGGCACGCAGACUGACCUGAGGCCCGCGCUGGAGCUGAAGGUCGAUGACCACCAGGAGCUCGGAUCGCACACGUUCUACGUGGUGGAGUGCCGGCUGACCGUGCCCGGCGCGCCGAAGGCCCUCGCGUGGAAGGCCUCGAGGAGGCUGGAGGAGAUGCGGCAGCAGCUGCACGGCCCCGUGAAGGAGGGCCUCGGGAAGGACGACUACGCCAGGCUCUUCGAGUCCCACCACUUCGCCCCGCGGGGCGGCAUGCCCGGCACCACGACGCGCCUCAGCAAGUGGUGCGACGCCCUGGCGGCGUGCGUGAACUCCGGGGAGUGCCCGCCACGGGUCGUGGCGCACGUCCUGGCCUUCCUGAGCGCGCCCAAGCCGCCCUCUGCGUUCGGCCGCCGCGCCCGCGAGCUGGCCCAGGAGGCCGCCGUGGAUGCGGUCGCGGACGAAGCGCAGCAGGCGCGCGAGGCCGCGGAGGCCGCGAUCUAG